AUGCUCAACGAUUCACUCAGUGACCGCUGCAGUUGUGUGUGUCCAACUACUGCACCCGUUUACCUGAACACGGCUGGAUACUGUGUAGAUCGCUUAGACGAAUGCCGACAUAACCUCGCUUUCAACUCUUCCAUCGCAACCGAACGACUCAUUCCUGUGCUUUCAUUACCAGCCAGGAAUGGUGUUCUUCAUCCUAAAUUUAUAAUUCAGUUUCGAGGAUCCGAAUCGGACGCUGCCAUUUUGACGGGCUCUGUUGUCCAGUUGAAACUGUCCUGCACCGGUUUCGCUCCUGAUGAGCACUGCCUAUCCUUCAGAGUUGCUGGCGUGUCCGGCUCCAACCCUUAUCUGCUCCCAUCGACAAGUUCACGAGCUGAGCUGCUGUUCAUUCUCGUGUUGGCGUUUCUUCUUGCACUUUCAAUCGCGGGCUCAUUUGUGGUGUGGCAUUUGUGUUGGCGGAUCAAAAAGCGACAACUGAUCUCUGACAUACAAAUGCAAUUCCUGUAUCAUCUACAACAACAACACGAAGCACAAAAGAUAGCCGCUCCGCAAUCACCCACAGCAUCCAACGAGAUGGGGCCAUGCGAAUUCAGAACAUUAAUGGAGCGAAUUCCCAAGCGGCGAUUGUAUUUUAGUGCAGGUAAGUCUUCACAGGAUCCUCUGAGUUUGAGUUCACCUGUGGAAAUACAAGUUGUAGAGUACCUGGACGAUGCAAUGAUGGCGAAUCCACCACCCGUAGCGGAGCAGUUUCUCACAGAUCUUCGUCGAGUGAUCGAGGUAGCCAGGGAACGGAUACGGAUGCGACGAUUCGUUCCAAUGCUCAUCACAAUUCCCGAGGAUCUUGAAGAGAAUCGGUACUCAGUUGUAUCAGAGAUCAAAACCGACAAAACUGAGCCGGUCAAUCAGCAAGAAUCUCCGAAGAGCGACAAAUCGGUCGACAGCGGCCGAGAAUCGCGCUCGGACUCAGACGACUCGGGUCGAGACGACGAGGAAGACCAUCACAACGACGCCGGGCAAUCGUGGAAGGAACACUCAGGCCCAGAACGUAUCAGCAGCGUGCGCAGCAUCGUUAGCGGUUUCGAGUCACGGACGUCGGGUCCAACACAACAACCACCUCCGCCAUCGACACCACCCCCUUCCUUACCUAAAACUCCUUUGCCGAAGCCUUCUCGGAUUCCUCCACGUAUUGCAGCAAAACCGCGGCUUCCUAGUUCACAGAUUCCCACACUCUUGGGAGAAGCUAGCCCUCGACCCCUGCAGAAGAGCCUAGCAUUGGCCCGGACACCUUCAUUACCGAAAACGUCUCCACCACGAAUCCCUACUGAGCAAAGGUCAGUUUUUCAAGCCUAUACCAAACGUCGCCAGGUGGCUGUGCCCCAGGACAACAAGAAGGAAGAGGGUUAUUCCACAGAAUCGUAG